ACAGAGAUCACAAUGGAAAAGCCUUUUCCUCUCCUGGCUCACCCCUACCGGUCGCCGACUCGAGGCUCUUGUGCCUACGAGAUGGGUGACACGGCAGCCAGAAACGCCAUCAUUUUCAUUGGCGGCCUGAAAGAUGGCCCUCAUACCACGGGGUACAUCCGAACCGUGGCCAGAGAGCUGGAGAAGCUGCCCGAGUUGAGCUAUUCCGUGUUUGAGAUACGGAUGAGGAGUUCCUUUGACGGAUUCGGAACUGCUCGCCUGGCAGAUGAUAUUCAAGACAUUGCGGCCCUUGUCAAGUACUUGCGGUCCCUUCACCGAGAGAAGAUUAUCCUGUUUGGUCAUUCAACAGGGUGCCAGGACUGCAUGGAGUAUGUCAAUUACCCAAGGUACUCCAACCCGGUGGUGGAUGGCUUCAUUCUUCAGGCUCCCGUUUCGGAUAGAGAGGGCGCGGAGCUGCUAUUCCCCGACUACAAAUCCAAGGUCGAUUAUGCGGCCAAGAUGAUUGCCGAAGGGAGGGGAGACGAUUUCCUUCCCAGAGAGCAGUCAUUUGCCAUGUUGGGCGCACCAGUAACGGCGCAGAGGUUCUACGACCUCUAUGCCAAAGGCGGUGCCGAUGACUAUUUCUCGUCCGACCUGGACCUCCCAACCCUCAGCAAGUUCUGGGCUCGGUUCAACAAGCCUGUGCUUGUGCUACACUCGGAAAAUGACGAGUUUGUUCCGCCCACCGUGGACCAGAAGCGGAUGAACAACCUGUACAAGACGUUGAACACGCACGUCAGUCCAUUGUCUGGCAUCAUACCCGGGACGGGGCAUACUGUCUUGGAGGAAGAGGCGAGACAAUGGCUGGCGGAGAGGGUUAUUCAGUUUUUGAAAAGACCGUUUCAGUCAAUACCGGUGUAGCCACUGUAUAUCGUCAUCUGCGGAGGAUUGGUGGAGUUGCUAUCAACGUGCAGCGGUGGAGACGU